AUCCAACGGUCUAUAGCAUCAUAGCCUUCGGGUUUGUGCCCCGGUGUAGUUCUGUAAGAUCAAAAACUCUAAAAAACGUAUAAUCUGAUCAACUCAACAAUCAUCUCACUUAUCCACCAAAAAAUGAAUCAAUAUUCAUCUUUUUCUCCGUCUUCUCCAUCGUCAUCCAGCCGUCCCAGUGGUGGUGGUGGCCAGUCAUCCCAUCAGACGACGCCGAAGUCAUCCGGAAAUCCACGUCAGCAACAAGCACAGCCACGUCAUCGCCAACGAAAGGCUCAAUCAUCGAGCCCAGCGUCGUUGGCAGCUUUUGCAUCAUCAUCGGUGUGCUCAUCGCCAUCCGCCAGAAAUGUACCGUUGCCACCAGUUGAAUGGCUUAACCAGCUCCAAGUGCCCGGACAGCUCGAAAACUCAUCCCGUCCAUCAUCAUCCAUCUCAAUGACGUCAUCAGCUUCAUCGUCAACAUCUUCUCUCUCAUCAUCGGAUGCUCCAAUGAUCACAAUGACACCACGACGUGCUGCUCAAAAAGAGAUGAAGCCAAAGACUGAUGUGCUCGGAGUUCGUGUCUGUCCACUACAGCUCAUCGCAGCAAUCGCCUCGGCUUAAAGCUUCUGGAUUCUGGAUUUCCCCCUUAUUUUUGGAUUAUUUUAGUGUAUUUUUUGGGGGGUUUUUUGGGUUUUCGAACUGAAAUUUUGGCUUAAAAAGCCUAAAAAACCCCUAAAAAACUGAGAUAAUCUAAUUUUCCCCUGCAAAACUUAUCCAUAUUCGUCUCUCUCAACAAUUUAUCACAGUUUUGGCUUCUUUUUUUGAAAAUUUUCACUUUUUUUUUUGUUAAUUUGCAAUAUAUUUUGUUUGUCUUGCUGCGGGGGAUUUUUUCGUUAAAAUAGAGAAAAAAAAAUCGAAAAAAUUCCCCGCGAAAUCCCCGUGUGCUACUAGAAAUUCUGAACCAUUGUAGAUAUUUCGGUUUUUUUUUCGAAAUUUCUUUCCCGGAAUUCGAUAGUACAAAUACAGGUAUUCCCCCGUCCCGUUUUCAUUUUUUGACCCGAAAAAUCUUAGAAAUUCGAUAUUUUAGACCGCCCAUCUUUUUUUUCGCGUUUUUUUCCUUUAGUUUUCCCCCCCACCAAAACGUGAUGAUUUUCCUGUACAUAUUGGAUUUUUCCUCACCUUUUUCUUCCAUUUUUUGUCCAUUUUCACUUAUAUGUUUUGUUAAUUAUUGGUUUUUGCCCCCCACAAAAAUGCUCAAAAUGGCUCCAAAUUUCCCGGAAAAACGGGUUUUCUUUCGGCGAAAAUUUUGAAUUAUUUAGUGAAAAAAUAGCCAAAAUUCUCAAAUUUUGCACGGUUUUUUCAAUUUUUUUGCAAAUUUUGGUGCAUUUUCCGUAAAAAUCGACAAAAAAUUGCGAAACACAUUUUUCCGAGUUUUUUUUUUGCCGAUUUCGUGCAAAAAACGUGGGAAAAUCUGCAAAAAUGCAGAAAACAGGAAAAAAUUGAUUUUCUGCCACUAUUUUGCAAUUUUCGGUCGAUUUUAGUGCAUUUUUAGCCGAUUUUGACUGAAAAUUUGCAAAAUAUUGAUUGAAAAUUAAAUUUUAUCGAUUUUUUCUGAUAUUUUGGCUUUUUCCCAAGUUUUUUGUCGAUUUUGUGCACAAAACGUGAAAAAACCGAUGAAAAAAAACUUGCGCGUCAAAUACAAUGCACUGCGUACACUCGCGGUGUUUGCACCGAGUGCAUUCUAAUUGACGGGCAAAAUCUUUUUUUACACUGAAUUUUUACGAUUUUCUUGAGUUUUAGCCAAAUUUGCUAAUUAUUCGUACAUUUUUGUCCAUUUUCAGUCGAUUUUCACUGAAAAUUACCAAAUUUUUCGCCUAAAAACUGUUUUUCCACGGAAAUUUGGAGAUUUUCACAGUCUCAAAAAUCAAUAAUUAUCAAGUGUGUACCCAACUUCAAAAAUUGAUUUUGGCCGGGUCACACGCCACUUUUUCUCGAUUAGUUUUUCAAUAUUUUCUGGGAAAACUCGCCAAGAAAAAUGGGCGGCCUCUAAAUCUCUAUUAUCGAUUUUUCUUUUUUCAUUUUUUUUCAUUUUUCCCCAUACUGAAAAUCGACCUUUUUAGGUUAUUUUCACUCUGUUUUUGUACCAUCUUUUCUUCUUUUUCUCUAUGUCUCGUUAUUUCUGUGUUAGCACCCCCACUCUCUCUCUCUCUCACUCUAUCUCUCUCUGUCUCUCUCUGUCUCGCCACGUCAUAUUUUAAUGUUCAUAUCCCCCCGAGUCUGGUCACACUAUCCUACAGUAACCAAGCCUACAGUCUACAGUAAUCCUAUAUAUCUAUCAAUAUCUUAUAAUCUUUUAAUAUAUAUAAUCCACACAGUUUAGCUGCUACAGUAAUCCCGGCUAAAUUUGUUCUCUAGUCUAUUGGUUUUUUUUGAAAAUUUUAAAUUUUCCCCCUCACCCACCCACCCAUUCAUUUAAAUCUCUCAGAAGCCUUAAUUUUUAAAUUUUCGCGCGAGUCGAACCUCGAUCUCCCAGGUUUUCGCAUUCCUUCCCACUUUUUUUUCCAUCUUUUUUCCUGUUUCUUGGCUAUUUUUUGGGAAAAGUAUCAAAUUUCUCUCGCGAAAUUUGCGAUUUCCCGAAAAUUUGCCAACUUUCCACUGAGAUUUUGGCGUUUUUUGCGCAUUUCCACCUCUACCAUCUGUACGGAUUGCGAUUUUUUUCACUGAAAUCGAAUAGAUCACUAUCAAGACAAAAUUUCCAGGCUUUCAGGCUCUCAUUAGGCUUGUCUGGACUAUUUUUCUUGAAAAGAAGAAGAAGUAAUAAAUACGUUGUGAUCU